CUGGUUUUUUUGCAUAGAUCUCUAAGGUCUAUGGUUUCUUGUGUGCAUUGAGUAGUAGUCUUUGGUAAAUAUGGCUGCGUUAAAGUUGUGGGAAGUGGGGAAAGCAGGUCGGUUGUUGAGACGUGUAUAUGGCAUAACCUGUGUCACCCCAUCCCGCAGUAAUUAUAAAUAUGUGAAUGCAGAGGAAGAAAGUAUGGAAUUCAAAGAUAUAACAGACCGUGCAGCUCAGACUAUGUUUUGGACUGAACUUUUCAGAGGGGCCGGCGUAACAUUGGCACAUAUAUUUAAGGAGCCAGCGACAAUAAAUUAUCCUUUCGAGAAGGGUCCACUGAGUCCGAGGUUCCGCGGUGAACAUGCCCUACGCAGGUAUCCAUCAGGUGAAGAACGCUGUAUAGCGUGUAAACUCUGCGAGGCAAUUUGCCCGGCACAGGCCAUCACUAUUGAAGCAGAGGAACGAGAAGAUGGAAGUCGCCGAACAACACGCUAUGAUAUUGACAUGACGAAAUGUAUAUAUUGUGGAUUCUGCCAGGAAGCUUGUCCUGUUGAUGCCAUAGUGGAGCAUAAUACAGCAGCUCGAUGUGACGUAGACUCAACAAGUUGUUGGAAGUCCCCUGCAAAAAUACACUACUGGCCAUUAAAAUUGCUACACCAAGAAGAAAUGCAGAUGAUAAACAGGGCCCAAAUUUUGAGUUCUCUACAGAAACUCACGAGGAAUUGUUGUACAACAAGGAAAAACUGUUGAACAAUGGUGAUAAGUGGGAAUCUGAAAUUGCGGCAAAUAUCCAGGCGGAUCACUUGUACCGAUAAGCAGCUAUUUGUAAUGUGUAUUGUAUUAAGUAGGCAAAAAUUAAGAAAUUUGUGUUAUUACACUUGUUGACGUGUGUGUAUAUCAGUUGUUGAUGAAGAAGAAAUAAAUUGCUGUUUGUGACA